AUGCUCCGAAGGAGUCGUCUCCAAGCAGUCGUGACCGCAGCAACAGCGACGGUCGUCAACGCAGCGCAUAACAACAAUAGCAGCCGCGGCGGCCAGCUGUGUAUUACAGUCUGUUAUGGUGCUUUGACUGCUCUACCGCCACACUCACUCGGUGACAGAGCAGUGGCCCUACACUACCCGCUGGAGCUGGCGCAACGAACCACUUCACCAAGUGGCACAAGCACCAGAGUGGCCCGUGCUGGCAGCUUUUGCUCAUAUCACCAGAGUGCGCUUCACGCAUCUCGCGUUCUUCGCGCGCUGCGCUCCACCCUGCCCCACGGUAGCAGCAGCACCGGUUCAUCCAGCACACCUGCCUUGGCUGGCUCCGCCGACCACAGCAACAACGCGGACACCACAGUGGAUCAGCGUGGGCCGUUCGAGGUCACCAUCGAUGAGGUCCUUCUACAUUCGCAUGAUAGCCACAGUAGUGGGGCUGCUGCUGCCAUCGGCACUGUUGCUGACCUCGUCCGGCUCCUUGUCGACCCCGACUUGGAGGUUGGGGGUGGCGCCGUAGAGGCGGUCAGUCUCCGCGAUUUUGUCGCCAUGACGCCAAAGCGAAAACUUAAGGCAGUCGGCGGCAACGCGGAGUGCCUGGACGUGCUGCUCAGCAGCGAGCAAUACCAAAGCGAAAAAGACGCGCGUGAGCUGCGCCUGUGCGGUGUAGCGACGGUCGGUCAAUGGAAGGAACAGCCAGACCGGGUGCAGCUCAGCGCUUACGCGCGAGGCCUCCUCGAAACGGCGUACAACCGUCUCGCACGCCACCGGCACCACUCACGAAAUGAUGAGGUAGUCGCCUGGCUGACUCGUGCAAUCCAGCGCGCCGUCGCCGAUGAGCUGAUGGCGCCAAAACGACUGACCGACGGCACUGCCAUGACCAUGUCGUCUACAUCGCCGUUCCUGAUAGACCUGAAGGUGCCUGCCGUAACAGCAGCUGGGAAGGUCCCGGUGGACGCCGCAGCGGGGCACCACGCAAGAUCAGCGGCACAGUCAGCUGCCACCGCCACAGCAACACAAGGCAAUAGUAGCGAAGGAUCCAUGGCGGUAGCCUACUCAUCCGGCAACUCUGUGCAAAAUGAGGCCGCCGACGCUAACGCCGCAGCGCGGCGUCGCGGUCCUCGACAACGCUCUGUCGUCUCUGGCGCUAUGUCAAAGGUGCCUGUGGCCGCUGCUGUGGAAGAGGACGGUGCUGCGGAGAGCGAGGAGCUGACGGAUACCAUUGACGGGGACGCCGAGGAGGGCGGCGAGGAGGUGGAGAACGAGGAGAUGGCAGAGUUGAUGGCAGAAGCAGAGGUGAGCCCGGCAAAGCGUGCCGUGGCAUCCCCCAGCCCGCCGCCGUUCCCUGCCGCAGCAGUCACACCAGCAGGUCGACACAAUAACAAAAAAGCGCCUGAGGCCGCCCCCACAGCGCCUCGGCAGCAGCAGCACCACCAGCCGCCACCUCGGGAAGAAGUGGAAGCUGCGGACGCAGACGAGGACGAUGAGGAACUCGUGGAAGAGGUCGAAGAGGUGGAGGAAGAGGAGGCAGCAGACAUGACGGCGCCGCCAUCGUCAACCUCUGCAGCGCAACCGCCAUCGCCACCAGCCCCCGCUGCACCACCAGCACCGCCAGCCACAGCAGUAGUCGGAGCAGCAGCCGCAGCGGAGCGGCGGGAAAGGCUGGUUCGACUUGCGGAGUUAAUGAUGAAGCAGUUCAACACCGCUGACGGCUACCUUCACCCAUCCAACAAGGCCGAGCGUGAGGCACAGGAAGCGCGAGGGGAUAUUCUGGUGCUCGACGAGGAUACCGCGCAGGUCGACCCGCUCGCCGUGUUCAGUGCCUACCACGCUGCCACAAUUACUGACGCCGACCCGGUCGCCGUGCGGGCCCUCAAGACUAUCUGGACCUCGUACAACAAGCACCAGAUGGCGCUGGAGGAGGCAAAGGACGACACAUCUAUCGAGUUCUACAAGCGCGAGAGCGUGAACGCUCUCCUCUAUGGCUCCGUUCUGAUGCGGGCUCUGGCGCGCGAAGAGCAAGUCGUCGUGCUCGAGGGCACGCUGCUCCCGCCUUACGGCUUCCCGCUGGUGUCGUCCGAUACACGGCCUUUUGCUGUCUUCGCCGCAGCCGGCGGCUCAUCAUCGUCCUCGACGAUGGCCGUCACUGACAUGACAUCCGGCAAGGUACUCACCGCCCUGCAGGCGUACAAGGUUCUGUUCAGCUCGAAGGAAAAGCGCUACUCGCCAUUCCGCCCAGCAAUUGAUCAGAGCGCCGGCUGCAGUGUGGUUUGCCUGUCGGGAACGACGCUGCACCUCUACUACACCUCCACGAAGGACCGCAUCGUGGAGGAAGAGGUGCGGCUGCCCUUUGCGGAGGUGAUGCUCGGCGUCCUCCACCUGCUGCGCCACAAGGUGCUCCCCCGCGUGAACGUGGUACACUACCACCUCAUCGCCACUAAGAUGGUGGACCCGUCGGACAGCGCGGACUUCAUGCUGCGCUCGACAGCAACGAUCGACCUGACGAACCCGUUUACCAAAGAAGAACUGGCGCGGCUCUGUGCUCUCGCGACCCCGCUCGGGAUGGCGGAUGAGAUGGCCGAGUUCCGCUGCAUUGAUGACCUCGUGAUAGAAAUCGAGGAUACUUCUGGCGCCUCGGUGGUGCACAGCCUGCUGCACAAUCGCGAGGACUUGGAGGCCACGCUGACCGCGACACUGGCGCAGCUGCUUCCAGAGGAUGGCGACAGCGCCGCCGGUACUGAGGAGGCAGCAGAGGACGCGGAGGAGGAGGAGAAUGAGGUAGUGGUGGAAGACGAAGAGGAAGCGGAGGCAGCUCCACCACCGCCGCCGCCGCCUUCACGCAAGCUCAGAGGUCCUGCAGCGGCCCCCGCCCCAUCACCGAGCCCCGGUCGCUCUAGUCGCCGUCGCGCAGUGCACGAAGAAAAUGAGGAAGAGACGGUGCGCAUGGAGGACGAAGAGGUCGCGGAGGUGGUGCAGGCCCGCCCGACGCGGGCGAAACAUCGGCAGCCGGCUGGGACACCCUUGCCCACGUCGGAGGCAGUGCUCGAAGAGGUCAUCCACAGGCAGUGGCAGCAGCAGCAACGUGGAGCAGGCAAGGCCGGCGCUGCGGCGUCAGCAGCACCGAAUUCAACCGCCGCCGUGCAGCACAGAGACGACGACGGUGCCGCAACAGAGGAAGAGGAAGGCGAUUUCGACGAAGAGUUGGAGGAAGUCGACGAGCUUGAAGAAGAGGCGGCAGAACCCCCAUCAGCACGCGCCCUUGUCCGUUCCUCCGUCCCCCAUGCACCUGCCGCACCCGGGGCCGGUGCGGCUUCACGCGCACAGCGAAGUAGCAGGGCCGCAGCAGCAGCGGUGGCGGACGACAAGGAGUACGAAGACGACGGCGCCGAAGAAAUUGAAGAGGAGGAAGAGAUAGAGGUGGUGGCACCACCGAUGACCCAGCGGGCGCCUGCUGGGCGUCGCGCUGUUCCUGUAGCAGCCGCCUCGGCAGGACCGUCACCGCCGCCGCCGGCACCGGCACAGACAGUCCGACGUGCACUGCAGGUGAAUGACGUGGGCCAGGCAUUGCAGGUACGCACGCGGCGUGGUACCCGCCGACUCACAGCACGCGCUCGCGCCCCGCCACCGGUCGUCCAUGAGGGCUUUGAGAAGGCAGCGGCGGCAGUAGCGGAAGGCGCGCCGGAGGUGGAAGCGGCCGCAGAAGUGGACGAGGAUCAGUGGUUUAGGCGGCGUCCGAAGCGUCGCUAUUUCGAGUAA